AUGCCUGAACAUAGCCCUGAACCGGCUGCGAACCGCGAGGAAAGCAGCCGUUUGCCUAAUGAAGAGGCUGAAGGUGUAAUUAACGGCCGCGGUCCGGAGCCGAGCCCAGAGCGGGAAUGGGCUCUCAGGCCUGACUCCUCUUUGAAGACAGGCGCCGGUGACGUCCCGCUCCGGAGGACGCACGGCCACUUCCAGGGGGUCGGAGAGUCCGACCCGCCGCCAGCGCCACCUCGCUCCCGGCACCGCCGGAGCUGGCUCUGGAACCAGUUCUUCGUGAUCGAGGAGUACAGGGGGCCGGAGCCGGUGCUCAUUGGACGGCUGCACACAGACAUGGACCGAGGCGACGGACACACUAAGUACAUGCUGGAGGGCGAGGGCGUGGGCUCUGUGUUUGUCAUUGACAGCAACACGGGCAACAUACAUGUCACCAAGUCCCUGGACCGAGAGGAAAAAGACCAGUACCGUCUCAUCGCGACAGCCACCGACCGGGAGACUGGCCGUGCCCUGGAGCCCUCGUCGGAGUUUAUCAUCAGAGUGCAGGACAUCAAUGACAACCCGCCUGUCUUCCCCAAUGAACCCUAUGUUGCUAUGGUGCCGGAGAUGGCCAACAUAGGCACGUCCAUAAUCCAAGUCACGGCCAGAGACGCUGACGACCCGACAUAUGGAAACAGCGCGCGGCUGGUGUACGCCAUAACUCAGGGCCAGGACUUUUUCUCUGUGGACCCUCAGACAGGCGUCCUGCGGACGGCCGUACCUGACAUGGACAGAGAGACACAGGACGAGUAUCUGGUCGUCCUCCAGGCCAAAGACAUGGGGGGACAUCUGGGAGGGCUGUCGGGCACCACGACUGUCACCGUGAGGCUGAGCGACGUCAACGACAACCCGCCUCACUUCAGGAGGAGCGCGUGGUCGUUCUCCGUCUCGGAGCUGGCAGCGCCGGGCGUGGAGGUGGGCCGUCUGACGGCCACCGAUGACGAUCUGGGAGAAAACGCGCAGCUGGAGUUCAACAUCAUGGACGGGGAAGAGGCCGAGAUAUUCAACGUGACGGGGAGGGACCGAGAGGCCGUCAUCGUGCUGAACAAGCUCCUGGAUUACGAAACCCGCAAUUCUUACACCUUCUCCGUGGAAGUAUCUAACCCCAUCGUGGACGCCCGCUACCUGAGGCGAGGCCCCUUCAAAGACCAGGCCACCGUUCGGAUCAUGGUCCUGAAUGCCGACGAGCCGCCACGGUUCUCUCAGCUCAUGUACCACUUAGACGUGUCGGAAAACUGCCCCCCGAUCUGCACCGUGGGCCGGGUGCACGCCGUCGACCCCGACACCGGACAGAGCAGCAACAUCAGGUACUCCAUCGAUCCCCAGUCAGACCCCGAGGCCCUGUUCCGCAUUGGCUCUGACACGGGCUUUAUCAGCACUGUGAUGGAGCUGGACCGUGAGCAGGAGCAGUGGCAUAAUAUCACCGUCAUUGCCACACAGAGGGACAACCCUAAUCUUGUGUCAAGGGUUGUGGUUGCUAUAGAGACACUGGACCAGAAUGACAAUGCACCGGAGCUGGACAGGCAGUACACAACAUCUGUGUGUGACUCCAGCGCCCCCGGCCAGGUGAUCCAGGUUCUUCGAGCCGUCGACAAAGACCAGGGAGGACAGGAGACCCCGGUGCACUUCAGCAUCCCCCCGGAGUCCGGCUCCGCCCUCAACCUGACCAUCAGGGAAACAGGAGGUGUGACGGCCAGCCUGGUGCUGCAGUCGACUCUGGAGCCCCUGCCCGGGUUCUCCUCGUCCCUGCUCACCCUGUACGUCCCGGUCGUGCUGCGCGACGGCGCCUCGGGUCUGACCAACACGGGCACGGUCACAGUGACCAUUUGUCCCUGCCUGCACGGCGGCAUGCAGACCGAGGACCGGGGCAGACAGCGGGACCGCAGGUGGGAGAGACACGCCGUCUGCCUGCCUGUGCCCUCCGCCUCCCCGUCUCUCAUAUUCAGCCUGGUCACCUUGCUGGCGAUGCUGGCGUGCGUCACAACUCUGCUGGUCGUGUGUGCACUCUCGCUGUCAUUGCGCCAUCAAAAACGAGACUCCCACUCACCCUUCGAGGAAGAUGAUGUCAGGGAGAACAUCAUAUCCUACGAUGAUGAGGGGGGAGGGGAAGCGGACACCGCCGCUUUCGACAUUGCAGCGCUGCAGAGCAUGCACAGAAUACAGCACAUGCACAACGGCAGGAACAUAUGGUACACCCAGCAGAAUCUGCCACGGGCCAGGACCUACAGCUGGAGUCGUCACCCGCGCCCCGGCCUGGACCCUCAGCAGCGGCCGGGCUCGGCUCCGCUCUACGGUCGCGUCUGCUACGGCAUCCACACGCUGCCUGUGCUCAGAGAUUAUCCGACCGGGCCGCUGGAGGCAGGGCUGCAGCUAACUCAGUUGACCCACGGGCUGGCAGGAGGUCAUGUGGGCAAUUCCCUCGUCAUCCAGAACCAGAGCACCUUUGAGCCUCUGCUGCGCUCUCCUGAGAUGAGCCCUGGUGGUUUCGAGGCAGAGAGCACGCUGGCAAAGAGCAAAUCUACAGACAGAAAUGAAGGCAGUGAAGCAAACGCAGCUGGUGCAAUGGAGAAUCAAGACCAGGCCAAGUCAGCUCGGAUCAGCCCCAGCCUCCCAUGA